GCUAUGGCAACGGGGCCUUCCUGGAAGCUGCAGGGCCAGCGUUAGCGCCGCCACCAUGUUGCCGACAUGCUCAGAGCAGGCUGUGGACGAGCUGCUGGCACGCAAGGAGGAGGAGUGGCGGGCCCUGCAGGCCCACCGCACUCGGCUACAGGAGGCCGCCCUGCAGGACACACACAGCCAGCUGGAGGACGCGCAGAGGAAGCUGCAGCGUCUGCAGGAAGACUUUGUCUACAACCUACAGGUGCUGGAGGAGCGGGACCUGGAGCUGGAGCACUAUGAGGCUGCCUUUGCCCAGGCCAGGGCCCGGGAUGAGGCCCGGCAAGCGGAGGUGAGCGAGCUCAAGAUAGAGGUGGCCAAGCUGAAGCAAACGCUGGCCCAGGAGGCCAGGCGGGCAGAGGAGCUACAGCAGCAGCACCAGCACCGGCUUCAGGAGCUUCGCUUGGAGCUGGAGCGUGUCCACAGUGACAAGAAUGGUGAGAUCAACCAUCAUCGAGAACAAUAUGAAAAUCUGAAAUGGAGGCUGGAGAGAAAACUUGAAGAGCUCGAUGGUGAACUCGCUCUGCAGAGACAGGAAUUGCUGCUGGAGUUUGAAUCUGAAAUACAGAAGCGGGAACAUGAGUUCCGCCUACAAGCUGACAGCAUGAGCAACACAGUCUUAUCCCAGGAGCUCAAGGUUAAACUACUGAACAAAGAGCUUGAGGCUCUGAAAGAAGCUGGAGUGAAGGCUGCAGAGUGUAUGCAGAAGGCAGAGACUGCAAACUCAGAGCUGGAAAAGAAGCUCCAGCAUCAAGCCUGGGCGCUCCAGGACCUGGAAGCCGUGAAGAACGCGCGGAUAAAUGACUUAGAAAAUAAACUUCACUCUGUGCAGCUAACCAGGAAAAAGGAAGAGGAAACAUUUAAGAGGAAGCAUGAGGAGCUUGACCGAAUGGCCAAGGAGAGGGACGCAGUGCUGGAGGCUGUGAAGGGGGCCCACCGAGAGCAGCUGCAGGCUCUGGAGGCCAAAGUGUGGGAGCUCCACGCCCAUUGCGAGGCUCUGGAGGCACAGCUCCGCAGAGCAGAGUGGAGGCAGGCAGACGCUGCCAGGGAGAAGGACACUAUUGCUGACAGACUUCGUGAAGAUGCGUCAGCCCUGAAAUGUGCCUGGGAUGCCCAGGUUGCUCAGAUGUCCAAGGAGAUAACCUCCAAAGACCUUCAGCUCCAGAGGCUGCAAGAGGAGGAGAUAAAGCUCAAGGCACAGCUGGCUGGACUUCAGCAGGACAUUGGCAGGUACAAACAACAGUUGUCCCUGGCAAUUGAGAGGGAGCAGAGCCUGCAGCGUGAGCAGGUGCAGCUGGGCCUGGACUGGCAACGCCGCUGUGACGACAUCGAAAGGGACCAGAUCCAAAAGUCAGAGGCUUUGAUUCAGGGUCUAACUGCAGCGAGAGAUCAGGUGGCUGCUAAGCUGCAGGAGGCAGAGCGGGCCCUGCAAGGGCAGGAGAUGGUGCUGAAGGCUGUGACCUUGGAGCGAGACCAGGCUGUGCAGGCGCUGAGGAUGCACAGGCCCCUUGGACUGGAGGCACAGAUGUUCCUAGGGCAGCAUGAAGAAGAAGUAACUAAAGAUUUUCCAUCUGGUGAGAUUCAGCGGCUGCAGGAGCAGAACACAAGCUUGCGAAACGCUAUUGCACAGAUGAGAAGAGAGAUGGAGACUCUGAGUGGGCAGAUUCUCCCUUCUGCCCAGCUCGGAAGAGAGAACUCAGGCACAAACCAGUCUGACCCAAAGGCAGGAGGAGACACCACCACUCCUGAUUAUGUUCUGGCCUUUGAAGCAGAAAUACAAAAUCUAAAGGAUAAGUUUAAAGUAUUGGAAGAACAGCUAGGAGAUGUUCCAGAUCCUUGGAAGAUAUCCUCAUCGCACAUGGACGCCCAGGCCAGAACCUACUCCUGGACAGAGGCGCCUGGGUCUGUACAAGCUCAUCAAGUGUGCACUGGAUUGGCCCUCAGGAAGCUCAGAGACAGAGUGCAUUUCUUGAAUUUGCUGGUGACACGGCUCAGGAAGAAGGUGCUGCAGAAACCCCUUGAGCUGGACACUGUCCAGCGUGAGCUUCCCCAUGAGAUGGACCAAGUGCACCUGGAGGUUUUGGAGCUACGGACGCAGGUGGCAGAGCUGGGGGCACAUCUCACAGUCACCUGGCAGGAAGGAAGAGAACCUUCAGGCCAGAAGCAGCCACAAGCCUCUGACACUGCAGCUCUCAGGAAAGAGGGCACUGGGGAUGGUGCACCCACACUGCCUGAGGGCCCAGAGGAGCUCUUCAUGCCCCUGCAGACCUCAUCUGUGCACCAGCUCCAGAGGAAACUGCAGGAAGCAGCCAGAAAAAUCCUCAGCCUCCACCUGGAGAAGGAACAGCUCAUCGAGAUGGGGAACAGACUCCGCGCAGAGCUGGCCCGUCCUAAAGGGAAACCACCGCGUCACCCGCUUCCUCCAAGCCCUGAAGCCCAGAGCCCAGGCAUGGUGGCCUCAGCGCCACAGCCCCACCUUACAGCUCAGGAUCAUGACGAUGCCAAGAAAGGAUGGUUUUCUGAAGACUUAGGAAAGAGCCAACGCCACUUGCUGCAGAUGUUCAGCAGAGAGGAUGCUCCACGAGGCCAUAAGGCAGCAGCGGCACUGCCUGUUCAGAAGCAACAUAGAAUCCCCACAGUGACCUGCAAACCAGCUCCUCAGAAAGAAAACAGGUCCCCAAAGCCACUGCAGGAUCAAGAAUUCUAUGAAGAAAAUGGCCACCACUCCCAAAGGUCAUCGUCCCUUGCCAGCAGCUCCCUCCAGGACACAUGGAAGCUAUUGGACUUGGGGUCCAGCCCUUCUGGCCGCACCUCUCAGGACGACUUCACUCCAGGUAGGAAAGGGUGCUGUCCCCUGGCCAGGACAUGGUGCAAUGACCCUCAGGCUGAUGUGGACAGGCUCCCAGUGCCUCCAGCGGCCCCAACUCUUGCUGAGGGGCAGUCCGACGUCGCCAUCCAAGGGAUGAAGGUAUCAGCCCAGACAAAGGCCAAGCCCACCAGAACUCCCAAACAUCAGCCUGCAGAAGCUAGAGGCAGCCGGCGGCCCCCGAAGAUCCGCAACUACAACCUGAAGGACUGA